CACCAUCAUCAUCACCAUCAUCAUCACCAUCAUCAUCACAUCAUCAUCAUCAUAUUCUUCAUCAUCAUCAUCAUCACCAUCAUCACCAUCAUCAGCAUCAUCAUCAUCAUCACCACCAUCAUCAUCAUCAUCAUCAUCAUCACCAUCAUCAUCAUCAUCAUCAUCAUCAUCACCAUCAUCAUCAUCAUCAUCAUCAUCAUCAUCACAUCAUCAUCACAUCAUCAUCAUCAGCAUCCCCAUCAUCACCAUCAUCAUCAUCACCAUCACCAUCAUUAGCAUCAUCAUCACCACCAUCAUCAUCAUCACCAUCACCAUCAUCAUCAUCAUUAUCACAUCAUCAUCACAUCAGCAGCAGCAGCAGCAUCACCAUCAUCAUCAUCACAUCAUCAUCAUCAUCAUCAUCAUCAUCAUCACCAUCACCAUCAUCAUCACCAUCAUCAUCAUCAACACCAUCACCAUCAUCAUCAUCAUCAUCAUCACAUCAUCACCAUCAUCAUCAUCAUCACCAUCAACACCAUCACCAUCAUCAUCACCAUCACCAUCAUCAUCAUCAUCAUCAUCAUCAUCAUCAUCAUCAUCAUCAUCAUCACCAUCAUCAUCAUCACCAUCACCAUCAUCAGCAUCAUCAUCACCAUCAUCAUCAUCAACAUCAUCAUCACCAUCAUCAUCGUCAUCGUUUAAUACUUUUCUGAAAAUAAAUAGAUACUUAAUCCAACUUUAAUAUUCCAUUAUGUAUGUUCUGUUCUCUGUGAGACGAUGUCUGUUUCAGCCGAAGCUAAGAAAAAUGUCUUCAGACGACACAGUAAAUUACAUGUUUUGUUUUGUGUGACUUUUUAUCUCUUUCAUCACAGCCCCCUAAGAAUUGAAUCAAACAUGAAAAAAUGAGAAUUCAGUCUGGUGAUGAAUGUUUUUUAUUCCUCCAACAGAACAGAUGGGUGUGAGCUAAAACAGCAGAAGGACGAAUGGACAGGAAGAGCACAUUGAUGGCUGACGACUCACUUUGUGGUGUAGAAAUGUCGGACGAGGUGUGGGAGAACAACAGCUUGGCUAGUCCAUCACCUCAACUCCCACUGCUCCUCCUCCUGCUCAAUGACAGUGAUUUGAAUGAACCCCUGUUGAACUACACCAACUCCACUGUCCUGGAUGUUUCCUCAGGUCCCAGCAUGGCUGGAGUCCUCAUCCCGCUCAUUUACAUCAUCGUCUGCAUCAUCGGCCUCGGUGGGAACACACUGGUCAUUCACAUCGUGCUGCAUUAUUCAAAAAUUGAGUCAGUGACCAACAUCUACAUCCUGAACUUGGCAAUUGCUGAUGAACUCUUCAUGUUCGGCCUGCCCUUCCUGGCUGUCCAGAACACCUUACACUCAUGGCCGUUUGGCUCCUUUAUGUGCCGACUCGUCAUGACCGUUGACUCCAUUAACCAGUUCACCAGUAUCUUCUGCCUGACUGUGAUGAGCAUCGACCGCUACCUGGCUGUGGUCCACCCCAUCCGCUCCUCAAAGUGGAGGCGCCCUCAGGUGGCCAAAGUGGUGAAUGGCACAGUGUGGGUGCUUUCCUUUCUGGUUGUUCUACCAGUGGUGGUCUUUGCCAACAUUCAGAAGACAGGAGGAACCUGUAACAUCACCUGGCCUCAGCCUGCUGAGAUCUGGAGUGCUGCUUUCAUCAUUUACACUUCCACUGUUGGAUUCUUCUGCCCUCUGCUCAUCAUCUGCCUCUGCUACCUACUCAUCGUCUUCAAAAUCCGCAGCUCAGGUAAAAAAGUCCAUGCCACCUCCACUAAGAGGAGGAAGUCUGAACGAAAGGUGACUUGGAUGGUUGUGAUUGUUGUGGCGGUCUUCGUUUUCUGUUGGUUGCCCUUUUACGCCCUGAACAUCAUCAACUUGCUGGUUUCCCUCCCCUCAGAGCAUCAGGGACUUUACUACUUUGUGGUGGUUCUUGGGUACGCCAACAGCUGUGCCAAUCCCAUCGUCUACGGUUUCCUGUCUGACAACUUUAAGAGGGGUUUCCGUAAAGUGCUAUGCCGCUCCACGAGACGGGUGGAGAACCAUGAGCCUGUGGAGCACAACCUGCAGCAGGAGGAGGGCCGGAGGGCACUGAUGCCCAGGGAAAGCCUGAGGAGAGCCAUCCGAGAUGAGGAUGAUGAUGAUGAGGAAGAUGUGUCAGAAAUGACUGAGAUCUACAGGAUCACAGAGAAUGGAAAUGCAAGUUCCCAGCUGCCGUUCACAGAUAAGGCACCACCAGCUGGAGCAACAGAGGUGUCAUCACCAGACAGGAAUGGUAGCGACUCCAGAGGGAAGGAUCCCAUCAAUGGGUCCACACUAAUGGUCCCCCUACUGCUCAACGGAGCCAAGAAUGGGAGCAUUAAAACUCUCCCAGAGGAAACUGCAGAACAGAGUACCUCACUGGAAAUAAGUUACUUAUAGUGAAAAAUACUGAGGUGCAACUACUCCUCUGACAUCCAGAGCCUCCUACUGAACUACUGCAACCACUACACUGGUUUCAGUCUGGACCACCAAUGGGUUUCGGCCCAAUAGUAUAUCAAUGAUCCAGUCACAUUUUGGUGAUUUCAUAGACUUUCCUGUAUUUGACUAGAUUUGCAGGGAUAUGACAUCAGCGAGUCUACUGCUGUCAGUUUUGUCCUGAGCUAAGCUAAUAUUUAAGUUUUAGAAGUGAAACUGAUGUUCUGGUUACAGGUGGAGCCCGCACUAGUGUCUACAAACUAAACACCAGCAGGCCCUUUAGAAAACUGGUGUCGGUUUCAUGUAUCAGUUUCCUAGAAUGUGUGAUUAUUUAUAAUCUAUAUAUACUGGAUGUGAUAAUGUGAAGCUGGUUGUUGCCUUGUUUUAGGUUGGUCACAUGUUGGUGUUUCUUUAUAUCCCAUAAUAGUCUCCCAGUGAGCAAUAGCUGUGAUUUUAAGUGUUUAAAUACAGAGAGCUCAAGUGUGGUUCCUGCAGUGGUUUAUGAUAAAUGACCCGCACUUGUGUAGCGCCUCUCAGAGUAAGGACUCCAAAGCGCUUUACACUACAGUGCAUCAUUCAUCCAUUCACACACACAUUCACACACUGGUGGUGAUGAGCUACAAUGUAGCCACAGCUGCCCUGGGGCGCACUGACGGAGACGAGGCUGCCGAGCACAGGUGCCACCGGUGACUCCGACCACCACCAGCAGGCAGGGUGGGUUAAGUGUCUUGCCCAAGGACACAACAGCAGAAUUCUCUGUCCGGAGCCGGGAUCGAACCUGCAACCUUCCGAUUACUGGACAACCCGCUCAACCUGUUGAGCUACUGCUGCCUGUCAUAAAUGAUGCUUACUUGUUGUUUUUGUUUUUUUUUUUACUGAAAAACAGAUCACCUUCGAUUUUGUGGUUUAAGGUACAACUCCCCAUUCGAUUUUUAGGUCCAGUUCACACGGCAAGAUAUUUUGUCGAUUUUUGAUUAAAGUCUCCACAGCUGACUGCCUUAAGGACACGCCAAACUAUCGUAACAAUAGAGAGCUGCACGCUCCUCAUCCGCCAUGUUUGCUUUCAAGUCAAGUUUAUUCUUGACACGUGUUGCUAUACUUUCCGUCUGAGAGUAGCCUGGCCUGCCAGACUCCAGAUCUCUCACAAACCACUGGUCAUGCAGCUACGAACCACAACGUCAGCUCUAAAUCAUCAAGGCAGCAUCUCCAAGCCACCAACCCGCCUCAGAGCCCAGAACACAACCUGCUUCAGCUCGCAGAACCAUCACUUUAGCUACUGAAAAUUAUUUUCUGGCCAUGUUGUUUAUUAGUGAGCAGCUGAGUUUUAGUCAGUUUGAGUAGAAAUGUAUGGAUGCAUGGUAGCACUGUUGCCUAGCAGCAAGGUUGCAGGUUAGAUUCCCUGCAGUGGCCUUUCCGUUUGGACUUAGGUUGUUUUCCACAAACAUGUGUGGGUUUCAUGUUACCUUGACCCUGGUGAAGAAUAAAUGGUUUAGAAGAUGAAUGGGUGAGUAGAAGUGGACUCAGAGGACUCCUUUAAAAAGCAGCUGAAAACUAGUUCAGGCUGGCUUUUGCAUGACCUUCAUCUACCAAUUCCACCUUUCCAUUAUUUACCUCUUUCUUAUUCUUUUUCCCUUUCUUUACAUUUUUAAUCACAAUUUUUUUGUUUCUCUCAUUUUUAUAUUUUUGAUCAUUUUUUCAAAUCCUUUUUUAUUUUUUUUUUAUUUUGUUCUUGUGAAGCGCCUUGUGAUUUUAACCUUGAGAGGCGCCAUAUAAAAGAAUGUAUUUUUCCUUUUAGAACUGUGCGUGAGCAUAAACACACACACACACACACACAAACUCUGACUGGUGCUUAGGAGAACUCAGCUUGAAGAUCAGCUGGUGUCAUUUAACUUUCACCCACCAGCAACAACUUAAGUCCCAUUAAUGUUUAAUGGGAAACUUUUGCUCAUUUACUCUGAUGGUCUUUUUAUUUAUCAUUCAGGUUUUUUGGGUUAGGGUUAGGUAAUCUUUGAGCAAGCUACUGUCAGCUCCGAGCCUAACCAGGUGGUGUUCUGUAGGUUUUAAUAGCUCUACAGUAAUUUCUAUCAGUGUGUUCUGAACACAACGAGGCUUUAAACUCAUCGUAGCACUAAUACAAAUUGAGUGGGAGUCAUUACUGCUCUGGGUUGUCAGAAAUAAACCUCCGCUGUAGCUGAAGUGUUGAUUUGAGAGGAGAAAUCCAUUCCCAGUGGAAUCCAUUUUUGUCCAAGCGGAGCUGCAGUAAAGUCACAUUUCCCUGGCAGACUGUCGGGAAUCAUUCAAACCAUCAGGGAAAAUGUAGAUGCUGUAAUCUAGGAAGUCAGUUCUGUUUCUUUCAACAGGUUCGGUGGUCAUGCCCUAAACUGUCACGUUGAGAGGAUGGUUUGGACCCAAAAUGCAGUAACCCAGGAUGACACAAGGCAGAAGUGGAUAUGAAGUAAAAAUCCUUUUAUUUUAGGAGGCUGGGCAUAAAUCCAAAGGCAAACGCUGGCAAAAAAAAAAAGGCAAAACAGAAGCUCUUUCAUGAGCAAGAUCAGGAGAACACACGAGACAGACAA